AUUUUAAACGCGAUAUUUAAUUGCACAUUUGCUAAAUUCUGAAAACUUUAGUGGUGCGUAGGGUACCAGUGAUUAAACCUAAUAAAAGUCGGAAGAACAUGUGUACAAAUUAAGAUUUAUUGGAUUAAUUUUGUACCUGUGAAAAUAUUAAGAGAAGAACAAGUGAGAUGAACGACCCAAUUCCAAUGGAUACCAGCUACACUAAAGAACUAGAAAGAGCGACGGACUUUUUCCGAAACAAUUUCGAACGAAACCUAAAGCUAUGGAGGGACAAAGAAAAAAUCUACUCUACAUUAUCGAUAAAAUACAAAAACAAAAAUAAACUAAACUCGUUGAAACGAUUGACAAUAGGACAAGUGGAAAACAUAUACACCACUCCAAACAUAAACCCAGGAUUUCAGUGUAAAUGCAAGGAGGAAAAUUACUAUGAAAACAGUUCAAUUUUCGAGAAAACAAUAUCGGAUAUCGGGUCGGAUUACACGUAUUACAAGGAGGUAUGCUCGAAUGGAUAUGUAAAAAAUAAUUUGUACAAUGAAAAAUGUAAUUCGGGGAUUCACAGCGAAUCGGGACUCGGGAGAUCCUGCCAGGAGGCUUUGAAUCAUAGUGGAAUUUAUGAAGAGAUACCUGUUGAUAUUAGAUACAAAGAUUCGAGAAAUAAAAGUUUGUCUGUUGACACAAUUUACAACAGUCAUGUUUCCAGGAUGUCCGAAGCGAUUUCUCUACAACAUUUGGUGAUACAACAAAUCACAAAGGCUUUAUUGGUUUGCAAAAGCAGGCCAGAAUUUUUUGGUAAUCGUAUUCAUAUUGAGGCUGAAAGGAUUUUAUUACUGGCGAGCACAAGAAAAAUGGUCCUAAACUCAAACAUAUCCCGAGAAAUGAGCGAGGAAAGUCUAGACACCCGAAACACAGCCAACGUGGACAUAAAAACAAUCACAUUCUCCCUGAAUCCUUACAAACAAAGGCCAGACAUCUUAAAAAGUAUCACGUAUUUUGUCUGUUUGGUGAUUUGCAACCAAGAAGUUCUGUCAACCGAAGUCGCAACUGCAGAAGGCGGAAACAUUAUUUUUAAUCCAAACAUAAUAUUAAGUGACAAACCCGUGGAGUAUAAUAUACAAAUCCAAAUACAUGCCAUGAGUGUCAAAUGUCGAAAGAAAAUACCUAUUUUUGAUGGUGUGAGAAAUGCUUGUUCAAAACUUUGCAGUAAAGCAGCGACUUGCUUUAAAAGGACCAUGUCACAAAAUACUAAAGAAUUAAAAAUAUCAUUUGAAUUAUGGGGAAAUUCCACAAUUACCAUACCAAAUAUUCCAAAGAUGAAAGAUUUUCGACUGAAAAAUAUGGAAUGUUCUCUACUUCAUUCUAAAUUUAAUGCUAAUAUUAAUAUUGUAUUAAACACUAGUAUUUAAGAAGUGUUUAUUUGUUUAUUUAUGUUAUUUAUAUUAUUUUUGAACACUAUUUUGUAGAAAACAUUUAUUUUUAUUAAUAAAAUAACAAAAUUUAAAAAAAU